CUCAUUUCGUUUAUCAGGUUUAUAACUUUUUGAAAAUAUAACGGUCUUAUGAACCCGUGGUUUCAAAAACAGUUUAUAGUUGUAUUUGAAGCAUCAAAUAGCAACUGUGCCUGGCUUCGCUGCUGACGGCGUUACAAAGAAAUCCUGACUCUGUCUGCCGUAGACCCUACUCUGCAACAAUCCUCCCUGGCCCUGCUGUCACCAUGUUGCAGACCCGGACGGGGCCUGCGGCUUGCCUGGAGCCCCAGGAAGUAGCCUUCUGGCUGGGGAAGGCAGUAGAGUGGGGCCAGGCUGAGAACCCUGACACCCGGACAGACACCUGCGUCCACCUGGGUCCUCUUAAGGCCUUCCUCCAGCUCCUCCUCACACACCUACAAACUCAGAGCUCCACCACAGAGACCAUGAGGACUCUUCCCUUUGUUGGCCAGUUCCUGGGACGCCUCUGCUGGAACCCCUGUGUAACUGCUGACGCUGAGAGCCGCCCGCUGCUGUUUCGGUGUCUUUGGAGUCUGUAUUCAGAGGAACCUCAAAAUGCUGUCGAGAGGAAGGCAAACCAAUGGAUACGGAAUGUGUUAUAUCAGCUGGCUAUAGAGGAAGACAGUGCAACACACAUGUUAGUGAAAAGUGUGGGCCUGCCACUAAAGGAGUACCAUGGGAAGGUUUUAAGAAAGAUGGUGUGCUUGUUAAUGGAGGAGGUUGGGCAAAGCUGCAGCAGUUUGUCUGACCCUAACCUUAGGUGUUCCUGUGACAGCGUUCUUGCUGCAUCAGUGGCAUGUGUCCCCUUGGUUUCAUGUCCUGAGACGGCACCUCUCAUUAGAUCGUUGCUGCAGCGGCCAUUGACCUGUGAUAGGGCAACUCUCAGCAAGGACUUCCUGGAUGCUGUAAGCUCCGCCUACUCCAAAAAGCAGUUGUCUCUGGAGCUCCAGUCAGUGGUGUGUCUGUGGUGUCAUAGUCUGACCAGCCUAGAGGGGGCAGCAAUGUCUCUCUUGGACUCCGUCCUCUCCGACUCAGCCACAAGACCACACGGCCUGGAACACAAAAUCACUUGCUCACUACUGCCAAAAGCCUGCUCCCUGCACGUCUUCAUGUUCCUAGUAGUGAAUGACAUCUUCAGGUCCAUGCUGGUGCAGGUGGAGGGUAACCAGAGGCUGCUCUCUCUCAUCCACACCUUCACUCUGUGCUUCCUUAGAGACCUGGCAAUGCUGCAGUCUCAGGAAUGUGUGUCCUUUAAGGCUUUUUUCCCACAAACACCCCAGAGCCUACUAGUCCCUCUGCUGACCCAUCCUUCAGAGAUGGCCCUGGAGGCGUGGCCACAACACCUGACCUGGGUCGCUGCGUCCCUACGGGCCCUGGUGGAGGAGGCAGAAGGGGAGGAGGAAGGCAGCGGGGGUCCGUGUACUGUGUUCGAGGCCUGGUUCCUGCUGGUUCAGUGUGCUGACUGGGUGGAAGUGGCCAGCCAGCUCCUGGUCUCAGCCACGCCCUGGGAUGUUUGUCCUCUUCUGUGGCUGCUGACCUUCUACCACCACCCCACCAACGGGCCUCACAACCGGGAGCGGCUGCUGGUGGUGGCCAGAGAAGCCUGGGAUCACCUUAUGUCGCUAUUCCUGGUCUCCGCUCCGCCCCUACCUGCUGAUCAACUGCAGUCAUUGGCCAAGUUGUCAGCCAGCCCCGAGCAGGGGUCCCUUGCCUCGCUAUUGGUCAUCAACCUCCUGGUCAACUUUGCGGUUUUCUCUCACAACACCCUGAUUGAUGCCGCCAAGGAAAUAGUCAGCAAUGUGGUGCAGCAGUCAGGGCUGGUCCAUGAAGCAGUGUGGAUUCUCAACAUGGUUGAGCUCAGACUAACCAGACACAGAUCUUCCUCAAGUCUGACUGACAGAGUUCAGCCUAGAACCAGGGCUCUUCUGGAAACCCUCACACAUGGUAUACAAGCUGACACAGAGACACACACAGACAACACAACCUGACGGACACAUGAUCAUUAUGACAUGAAUUGGACUCACACAGAGCUGUGCUAGGUCGCUCCACCAGCCAGAACCGAACUGCAAUGCCAUGACACUGACAGGACACCCAGUCGUGGUCAAAAGUAUUGGCACCCAUUAACUUUUUUACCCAAAUGUUAAUUGAAAUUUGGAAUCCGCAAUUCUGUUAAUAUUAUAGAACCUUUGUUUUUAAGUCAGGACCAAAUAUAUCCUGUUAAAUCAGAAAAUAUGCAGAAAAUGUCAUUAUUGACACCCUAGACACCCUAUUUGUUAGCACAGCCUUUGGUCGAAAUAACGGCAAUAAACGUCUUCCAUCGAUGAGUUCCUGCACCACUGGCAGUUAACUCACUAUUCUGGUGGUUUCCCACUGUUCUGGUGUAAACUGCUCCAAUUCUCCCAGACUUGAAGGGUGACCCAGAGCUGCCAAGUUCAGAUCUCUGUACAGGUUUUUAAUAGGAUUUAGGCCUGGACUCAUUCCUGGGCACUUCAGAGCAGUCCAGAGUCAUUGUCCUGCUGGAACACUUAUGACCUUUGACCAAACCCCUGCUUUUUAACACUGUGUUUGAUGCUGUGCUCCAAAAGGCCUUGUUAUUCACCUGACUUCAUGAUCCACACAUUCAAGACACCCAGUCCCAGACUGCAAAGCCAUGCCAAAACAUCACUAAACCACCUCUAUUUGACUGUGGGGAAAGUGUUAUUGUCUUUGAAGGCUUUAUUUUAUUUUCUGUCAACAGA